AGUGGUGAAAAACCGAAGCUCCGAUGACAACUGCGCUGCGCUGGGUGCUGUUGCUAGUAGGAGUGCGCUGCUGACUCAGCAUCAUGAUCAGCUAGCCAAGCAGAGCAGAAUAAUAAAUGGGCGUCUUGGCCAGCACGCUGCGCCGAUCCUUCCUUCGUUAAAAUACGAAAGAAAGAAACCAAACCACGGCCUCUUUCUCUCUCUCCUCUCCUCAAAACAAAAACCCAAACCAAACCCUCUGUUUAACUAAUUAUUCAAGAACCAAUAAACAAACAGACGAGAGUUCUUGUGCAGGGACUUCUCGUCUAACUACGAAUUUGCAAUAUGACGGCUGCCCAGCUAACUGGUGGUGCGCUCUCUGGUGGAUUGAAUAGUAAAAGCAGUGAAUGGAACGCCGUACAGAGGAAAACAGGAUUGUUCUGUUUGGGACAGUCGCGACUGCGAUAUGAGGGUGUUCUUCUGCAUUGCAACAGUCUGUCCUUGAACCAUAAAAGAUUAUUGUUGUUGCCUUCACCACUGACUUGUCGAAGAAAGCACAACUUUCAUGCGGUAAAUAAUGAAUUGAGUUCAGAUUGUGGACUGAAUCCUUGCUAUGUGGAUACAAGUUCUACUUUGGAAGAACACCGUCAAGCCAAUUCAAACCAAGGAGCUUAUGAGUUGAAGGAGAACCCUAUCAAGGAAAGACGUUCUCGUGAUGUGAAACACGAGCUUAUAAUGCUUUCACUGCCGGGGAUUGCUGGGCAGGCUCUUGAGCCAUUGACACAACUGAUGGAGACAGCAUAUAUUGGUAGACUGGGCCUUGUCGAGUUGGCAUCAGCUGGUGUUUCCAUGUCAAUCUUUAACAUAAUAUCAAAACUAUUUAACAUGCCUCUUCUCAGUGUUGCUACUUCAUUUGUGGCCGAAGACAUUUCAAAGACAGCAAGCAGGAAUUCCAUCUCAGAGGGUUCCCAAUCAGAAAGCAUCAAUGGCAAACCUUUUGAUGGGCUAACUAGAAGGCUGAAACUGUCUUCUGUAUCAUCUGCUUUGAUUUUAGCAGUUGCCAUUGGUGUCUUUGAGGCUUUAGCCCUGUCCCUGGGAUCUGGACUGUUUCUUAACUUGAUGGGGAUAUCACUGGACUCCUCCAUGCGUUCUCCAGCACAGCAAUUUCUCUGUCUUAGAGCCCUUGGUGCUCCUGCACUUGUGGUUUCUUUGGCUCUCCAAGGCAUUUUCCGUGGUUUUAAGGAUACAAAAACUCCUUUAUUAUGUUUAGGCAUUGGUAAUUUUUUGGCUAUAUUUUUGUUUCCCAUACUUAUAUACUAUUUUCGGUUGGGUGUGACUGGAGCAGCCAUUUCCACUGUUGUCUCUCAAUAUAUAGUUACCUUCUUAAUGAUCUGGCAUCUUAAUCAGAGAGCUGUAUUAUUGCCUCCAAAGUUGACAGAGCUGCAAUUUGGUAAUUAUAUAAAGUCUGGUGGUUUUCUUAUUGGGAGAACUCUUGCUGUUCUUAUAACCAUGACACUGGCAACCUCAAUGGCUGCUCGUCAGGGUCCAGUAGCUAUGGCUGCUCAUCAGAUAUGCUUGCAAAUAUGGUUGUCUGUAUCUCUCCUCAUGGACGCAUUUGCAGCUUCUGGCCAGACCUUGAUUGCAAGUUUCUUAUCUGAAGGUGAUUACAGAACUUUGAGGGAGGUUACAUUGUUUGUGUUAAAGGUUGGAUUUCUCACAGGUGCUUCCUUGGCUGUGAUCUUGGGUGUAUCUUUUAGUUCUUUAGUCACCUUGUUUAGCAAGGAUGCUGAGGUCUUAGGAGUUGUUGGAACAGGCAUAUUGUUUGUGAGUGCAAGUCAACCUGUAAAUGCUCUAGCUUUUAUUUUUGACGGUCUCCAUUAUGGUGUUUCAGACUUCUCAUAUGCUGCUUGCUCAAUGAUGGUGGUGGGGGCAAUAUCUUCUGCAUUUCUGCUAUAUUCUUCUUCAGUAUUUGGUCUUCAUGGCGUGUGGUCAGGAUUGGCUCUUUUUAUGGGAUUGCGUAUGGUGGCAGGAUGUAUUAGGUUAUUAUCAAAAAAUGGUCCAUGGUGGUUUUUGCACAAGGACUUGACAAGAUUUCAGGCAUUAAAUGCAUCCAACGGCUCCAUCAACGGCUAAUAAAUUCGAAGGCCCAGAGAAACCUAUAAAUACCAGCAAGAUAUGCAAUUGAGGGGUUAGAGAAACUAUUAUAAGCUUCAAGUCAUAUUGUUCUCUUCAAAUGCACUCACGUUUUCAAUCUUUUCUCUCAAAAAGGUUUUGUAUAUCAUUUCUAUCAUUUUGUUUAAGCAUGUUGCAUAAUUUUAAGAGACAUUAUAACUAAGAGAUUCAUCUCUCAUAGCAUUUCUUCUUCAAGAUUAUUGUAUAUUGCCUAGCAAGAUUGCUAAAUGGCCUACUUUGUAUAAGCAGGAGGCUGUAAUCCUAGUGAUUAUACUAGAGGGCCUACUUGGGAUCAUCAAAUAGGAGAUUUUAGUGAUUUUCAAA